CUGGCUUCCUCUCCCCUGUGUUGCCGGUCGUCUAUGGACGCGCGAUCCUUCCUUUCUCAAUCACCGAAACCGGCGUUUACACGUCUCUGGAAUUAGUGCUGCGGUAGCGCCUUGGAAGCUGUCACAUUGGAUACUGCCUGCCACCUGAAAUAACCCCCGAAGCAAGCCAUGUCGACAGUAACGGAGACCGUGACGCAGGAGCGGCCUGCCCCCAAGCAGCAUAAGAUGGAGAUUGUAUGGCGCAAUGUGAUCCUCAUGGGAAGCCUGCACCUGAUCUCCAUCUACGGUUUCUACUCGAUUUUUUUCGCCGUGCAAUGGAAGACCGUGCUCGCCGCCUAUGUCCUCUACACGGUGUCUGGCAUUGGAGUGACAGCUGGUUCCCACCGCCUGUGGUCUCACAAGUCGUACAAAGCUAAAUUGCCCUACCGAAUCAUGGUGAUGCUUUUCCAGACCAUGGCAUUUCAGAAUGAUAUAUUUGACUGGGCUAGAGAUCAUAGGAUGCACCACAAGUAUUCUGAGACAACCGCUGACCCACAUGAUGCAACGCGAGGCUUCUUCUUCUCACAUGUGGGCUGGCUUCUUGUGCGCAAGCACCCAGAUGUACGUAACAAAGGCAAGAACAUCGACAUGAGUGAUCUGCUGGCUGACCCAGUUGUCCGCUUUCAAAGAAGGUACUACUUGCCCCUGAUGGUGUCCCUUUGCUUCAUCCUUCCGGCUGUGUUGCCAUGGUGGCUGUGGGGGGAGACACUGUGGAAUUCCUUUCUGGUCUGCUCUUUGACUCGCUACUGCUUCACACUCAACAUGACGUGGCUGGUGAACAGCGCCGCACACAUCUGGGGAAACAGACCAUAUGACCGGCAUAUUAGCCCACGGCAAAACCUGGUGACCAUUGUUGGGGCCCACGGUGAAGGCUUCCACAACUACCAUCACACAUUUCCCUAUGACUACCGCACCAGUGAGCUGGGCUGCCGUAUCAACACAACCACAUGGUUCAUUGACUUUUUUGCCUGGCUUGGUCAGGUGUACGAUCGCAAGGAGGUGCCCACGAAUGUUGUGGAGCGGCGCAUGGAGCGUACCGGUGAUGGUUCCCGAGGCCUGACAGCAGGCACACGCAGCUGGUGACUGUGUGGCUGCAUCAACCACCUGUCUCUUCUGCCUCCUCUGUUCCUCUUUUAUGGGGGUGUGAUCUGAUAAGUCAACCACCCUCGGCCCUUUCUGUCAUGUGGGACUUGUUAUUUAUAGUUUAUGUCGCACUGUGAAGUAAUGUCACUUGGUUUAUGCAGACUCUCUCUUGGUCAGGAAGUGUAGGUGAAUGCUUCCGUUGUUAGUGUGUUGGCAACCAUCUUCUUUUGGCUGUUCAGUGUCUGCUGCUGGACAUUGCCUCGUCAGACCCGGUGAUAUUUAUUUUGAUUGGCAACACUGUAUCCCUGCAUGUGAAAGCACAACUAAGCUAGGCUGAGUCAAAUAAAACCCUCAUUAGAGUCUCCUGUGAAA